UAGAAAGUAUAGUGGAAAUGAGCUCUUGACAGGAAGCCCGUCAGUCUAUGAAAGCCAUAGAUUACUGACACAUGUCUGUACUCUCUGUCUCUGUCUCUCCCUUUCUUUAAAUCUCCAGCUUGUUGGACCCCUAAUAUACCUUCUUCCAGAGGAACCCAGACGAUCUAGAGUCGAGUGAUCUCACUAACAAAAUUAAAAUGGUCCGAAAGCGUUACGAACCACCCAAAACAGGGUGGGAGUGGGUCAAGUCCAUAAAUUACGAUAAAUACUUUGAUAAAAUAGGAGCAGGGAAAAGACAUUACUUGUUCUGGAAACAAUUUGGGAAGGGUCUCAUGUACACCUACGCCUUAGCCGGUGCUUGUUGGUGGUACAACGAAGCGUCGCCGUUGGGGUGGUGGACGCUGAAGGUUCAGCCCAAGGAGGAGCGAGAGUUAGCACACUUGUAUGAGAGGAGGAAGUUCCCUUAUCCGGGAGACAAGGAAGCCAUGGAUGAGUUCAUUACCAAGGGUGGAAUGAUAGGCACAGCAAUUGGUCCGAAAGGGAUUCCAGAGUUGGAUAAAGAUUCUUUGAACUUUCACAAGGAGCUGCAAGACAAGAAGCUGAAUCAGGAAGCUCAGAAACUAUGGUUCAGGAUGAGGAAUGAGGUCAUUUCAGAUCUUCAUCAAAAGGGCUUUGAUAUAGAGUGAAGUUUGGUCAUUUUUUGAUGUUUUACCUACCUAACUAAUAAGGUUUUCAACACAAAUGGGAAUAAUCCAUGGACCCGAUCACUCCAUCUGCCUAAGUUUUUUAAGUGUAUUAUGAAGAUCUUGGAACUUGGAGUAAAUGCUUUGUGUGGUCUUGACUCUUGUGAAUCUUGAUAGCGUUUCUCAACGGUGAGGUUGUCUUCAAAUUUGAUGAAGUUUAUGGUCCUCAUUAUAAGGUUUUAUAUCUUGGUAUAAAUUCUUGCUCUAUUGUGUUAUAUAUUCGACUGGCUGAGUACGUAGAAGUUGAUUAGACAAGUUCCUAUCUCAGUUUAUUAGCACCAUCAUCAAGUUCAUUGGAUGUCCAGCUACUUAUGUUUAUUGAAAGGAACAAGAUAAAGUGGAUUCAAUUAUUAUAUACUUGAAGAUUAUCAAAGAA